GGCAACCUGUCAAAUUUUACUGAAAAUUAUUUUAAUUCCUAUGUAACGGAAGGUCUGAAUUUCGGCCAGCGUGUGGCGCGGCCUUGGCGCGACCCUCGGUAAAAACGGGCCGUGGAAAGCCGAUAUUUAAAAUGUAUUUUAUGUGUUAAAUGUCGAUAGGAUAUUAGUGCUGUAAAUCGAUUCCAGCGACAAGCUAUUUCAUGAAUAAGAUGGACGGCAGAGACAUUCAAAAUGGGAUACACGCGAGACAUCGAAGAAACUGAUCUGUAUGCUCCUUUGCCUGAACAUCGCUCUGAUAAUUUGGGCAAUGCAGUGCAAAGAGCAUGGGACAAAGAAAUGGAGCACAGCCGCGCAAAUAGGAAUUACAAACCAAGUCUCUACAAGGUUUUGAUUAAAGUUUUCGGCACUGAAUUAAUGUUAUACGGAUUGAUACUUGCUGCCAUGGAAUUUAUCAUUAGAUUACAACAACCGCUGUUUUUGGGUACUCUAUUAAGAUACUAUACAGUACCACAGAACUCAACGACAAACCAUACGUACAUAAAUCGCUUAUUUCAUUAUUAUGACAUGGAAGGGGCCAUCACCUGGGGGGAGGCAGUGUUCUGUGCAUUCGGUGUGAUCUUCUGCAGCGCCAUCAACGUGCUCGUACAGCACCCGUUCAUGAUGGGUGUUAUGCACAUUGGCAUGAAGAUGCGAGUCGGCAUAUGCAGUCUUAUUUAUAGAAAGGCUUUGAAAGUCAAUCUCCAGACACAGUCUGAAUACAGCGCCGGCCUCGUCAUGAAUUUAAUGGCAAACGACGUGAAUAGAUUCGACACAGGGCCUCUCUUCGUGCAUUAUCUUUGGAUCGGGCCUAUAGAGAUGAUGAUUGUAGGUGCCUAUUUAUACCGUGAGAUGCAAUUAGCUGCUGUCUAUGGAGCGGCUUUCAUGUUUGCUGUUAUUCCUUUCCAGAUAUUUUUAGGAGUUCGCACAGCUCACUACAGGAAAGCGACAGCAAUAAAGUCCGAUGAACGUGUAAGACUGAUGAAAGAAAUUAUAAUGGGAAUAGAAGUGAUUAAGAUGUAUACUUGGGAAGCUCCUUUUCGAGAGAUUAUUGAUACAGUGAGACGUCAAGAAAUUUUCAACAUCAAAAUGACGUCAAUGAUCCGUGGCGUGAUAAUGUCGUUUAUCAUGUUUACGUCACGGUUCGGAAUUUUCAUUACGGUGCUUUUCUACGUCAAGUUUGUGUCCCAUAUCACUGUGGAAAACGUCUUCUUUCUCACCUGCUUCUACAAUAUUAUCAAGCAAACUAUGACGCUUUACUUCCCGCAAGCUGUCGGACAAAUAGCAGAGAUGAUAGUGGCAAUUCAAAGAAUACGAGACUAUUUGUUGAGUGAGGAAUGCAAUUUACCUCCACGAGAACGCCCUGACCUAGUCAGUAUUGAAAAUGCACGUCCUAAAAAACACGUUUUUGUCGUUGACCCAUCUGACCCCGAUGCACUAGAGCGUCGUCGAAUGAGUUCCAAUCUACCCAGCACGUCACAAAUCACGUCGAAGGACAAAAGAAAAGACCAAACAGUGAUAAGUUUUGAAGAAGCUAGUAGCCACUGGCUCGUCUCUUCUGGUAAAGAAGACGUUGAAAACAUAACUUUCAUGAUACCAGCUGGCACUUUAAACAUGGUCGUUGGGGCUGUGGGGUCUGGGAAGUCUACAUUGCUUCAUAUGAUUUUACGUGAACUGCCUUGCUCGUCGGGGCGUGUUGAAGUCUCUGGCACUGUUAGUUACGCUAGUCAAGAUCCUUGGCUUUUCGUUGGUUCAGUUCGACAGAAUAUACUGUUUGGGCAGCAAUUUGUAAAAUCUCGCUACAUGGAAGUGUGCAAAGUGUGUGCUCUCGAAAGAGACAUAUCAUUGUUUCCUCAUGGAGACAAAACUGUAAUUGGUGAAAGAGGAGUUUCUUUGAGUGGAGGACAACGUGCCAGGAUAAAUCUCGCUAGGGCGGUUUAUAAAGAAGCGGAUAUAUAUCUGUUUGACGAUCCACUUUCGGCGGUAGACACACAAGUAGCUAAUCAAAUUUUUCAAAAAUGUAUAAAAAGGUACUUGGACGGAAAAACUGUGAUCCUAGUAACGCACCAGAUCCAAUUCAUCAAGUCUGUUGAAAACAUUAUUAUAAUGAACAAAGGACAGAUCGUUGCCCAAGGCGGAUUUGAGGAAUUGAAUGAACAAGAACUGAAUUUAAUACAAAUGAUGAAAGAGAAAACCAAAGAAGUGCGGGAAGAAGAUUCUAUAGUGCUCCUGCCUAGUGUAUCUACCACUAACCCUAGUACAGCAAGUGCGCAUAGAAAUCUAUGGUCUUUGACACUUCAAGAGUCUGUUGCCGAUCAAAGGCCACAGGCGGAAACACAGGUAAUUGGCAGAGUUAGCACUACUGUCUAUCGGGAUUAUUUCUUAGCAGGAGCUGCCUGUCCCUAUGUCACCGUCGUUUGUUUCAUGUUUAUCCUUGCGCAAGUUUGUGCCAGCACUUGCGAUUACUGGAUUAGUCGUUGGAGUCAAGCUGAGGAUACGUUAACUGGUGAUGCGAAAAAUGAUGCAAAAAUAUGGCAUGACCAAGGUCUAACACGAGAUGAAUUCGUCCUUAUUUUUGGUGUCAUCACUAUAGCAACAAUUGGCGUUGCGUUACUACGAGCGUUCUUUUUUUUCUCUCUUUGCAUGCGAUCUUCAAUAAAAUUGCACGACAAAAUGUUUGAAUGCGUAUCACAAUCGCCGAUGAGUUUCUUUCACAUAAAUCCGUCGGGCAGAAUCCUCAACAGGUUUAGCAAAGACAUGGGCUCUGUUGACGAAUUGCUACCUCAAGCUAUGAUAGAUUGCUUUCAGAUAUUAUUGAAUCUCAUCGGAGUUUCAGCGGUAAUUUUGUUAUCGGACGUGGCGUUAUUAAUUCCUACAGCUGCAGCUAUGAUGAUAUUCUACAUAUUACGCGUGAUUUACAUCCGUACUAGUGGUGCUGUAAAACGUCUAGAGGGAAUCACUCGUAGCCCGGUCUUCAGUCACCUAAAUGCCACGGUCCUCGGGCUGGCGACGAUACGCUCUUACGGCGCGGAAUCUCUGCUGGCUGAGGAGUUCGAUCGGCACCAAGACCUACACAGUUCCGCAUGGUACCUCUUCAUCACCUGCAGCCGUGCCUUCGGCUACUUUCUUGACAUGAUCUGUCUGCUCUUCAUAAUUUGCGUCACUUUUAGCUGCCUUAUGAAAACUGUAAUGGAUGCCAGUUCAGCAGGACUUGCGAUCACGCAGUCAAUUUCGUUGACAGGUAUUUUUCAAUGGGGAAUGCGACAGUCCGCAGAAAUGGAGAACCAGAUGACCAGUGUCGAGAGAGUGCUAGAGUACACACAUCUACCGAGAGAACCUACUUUAAAGAGUACAAAAGACAACAAACCACCGAAAGAAUGGCCCUAUGAAGGCGCCGUGGAAUUCACCAACUUGAGUCUAAAGUACACGCUCGAGGGGAUGUCAGUUCUUCACAAAUUAAACCUGAAUAUUGCACCGCAAGAAAAAAUAGGUAUAGUGGGACGAACUGGCGCGGGCAAAUCCUCAGUAAUACAAGCCCUGUUCCGACUGGCGUACCUAGAAGGCACCAUAACCAUCGACGGUAUCGAUACAGCGACAAUCAGCCUACACGACCUUAGGGAAAGGCUCUCUAUUAUUCCACAGGAGCCAGUUCUCUUCAGUGGCAAUAUGAGAAAGAACUUAGAUCCUUUCGACCAAUACCCAGACGACGUUUUAUUGAAAGCUUUAUCCGCUGUCGAGCUAAUCGACAUCCGUGAAGGUGCUCUGGAUAAGACAGUAGCUGAAGGCGGGUCAAACUUCAGUGUAGGCGAACGACAGUUGGUCUGCCUUGCACGCGCCAUUGUCCGCAACAACAAAGUGUUGGUGCUGGAUGAGGCUACAGCUAAUGUAGACGCGCAGACCGACGCGCUCAUUCAAACUGCGAUACGUAAACACUUCAUGGCCUGCACUGUGCUCACUAUCGCACACCGGCUUAAUACCGUCAUCGACUCCACUAGGAUUUUGGUGCUGGACGGCGGUAAGCUAAUUGAGUUCAACCAUCCCCACAUCCUGCUGCAGAACAGGCGGGGCGCCUUUAGCAGGAUGGUAGCCGAGACCGGCUCCUCCAUGGCGCAAACACUGCAUAAACUCGCUGAAGAGAGUUACAAUAAUAUGAACGAGGAACCUUCGUAAUAAUAAAUACAUUCUUACAAUUAAAUAAAAACUAUACUUUUUAAUUCAUUUAUUAACAUAUUGUUUAUAACUUAUAUAGAUUUUCAAUUAUAUCGUGUGUCGUAUAAUAAAUAAAUU